AUGGAGUACCAAAGCUUCAAUUCCUCACCCAACUAUCAUGAAUUGCUUAAGCAUCGUUCUUCCUACACUUCUUCCAAAGUCAAGCUUAUGGUUAGCUUUGGAGGAGAAAUCAGACCUAGCCUUCAGGACGAUCAUCAUUUUUGGUACAUUGGUGGAACCACCAAAAUUAUCAUGGUUGAUCGUAAUAUCAAAUUCUCCGACCUCGUUGAAAAGCUUUCUUCAACCAUGUUUGCUGAUGCUUGCUUCAAGUACCAGCUCCCUGGUGAAGAUCUUAAUGAUUUGAUCUCCGUUCACAACGAUGAUGAUCUCGAAAAUAUGAUGGUCGAGUAUGAUCGUAUGUGUCGCGCUUCUCCAAAGCAGCCGGUAAGAUUGAGGCUUUUCCUCUUCCCUGUUCGUGCUAACAACAAGAACGGCCACAAUUCAAGAUCUUACAGUCUCUUUGAGUUGCUCAAUUCCGUUCACGUUCCAAAAUUUGAAGAUUCAUCUCCUCCGCCAAUGGAAGAUUCAACUCCACCUCCUCCUCCGCCACCGGAAGAUUCAUCUCCACCUCCUCCCUCGUUGACAACCAUGAAUCCUGAUUUGAGUCAGGUGGAAUGUCCGGAGACUUUACCGGAUUUGGCAGCAAAGGAUACGAAUUGUGGGCCGGAGAUGGUUGUCGAAACCAAGAUUCAGGAAAUUCAGAAGGUGGAAUCUGUGAUGGAUGAACAGGAAGUGAAAGUUGACGGAGAAAACGGCGAUGUUGAAGUUUACCCCGAAGAAAACGCAGAGAAAGUGAUUUCGUUAGUUACUGAUGAACCUGCUGAAGAACCUGCUGCUGCUGAGGAUCCGGUUCCAGAAGCUCCUCCUGGUUCGUUUUGUUCCUGUGGAGUUCAAUUUCCUGAACCGGGUUUGGUUCCUGAACCGCUUUCAGUUCAGUCAUCAUUUACUCCAGAAAUGCACAAUUUGGCUGCUGAUGGUUAUUACUCGACGGGGUAUUCAACUGAACUGUUACCGGUUUAUUUGAUUCCAACAUCUUCAGGAUUGUACCAAGCAAUGAGGCCGGUAACCGGACCAAUUGGUGAACCGGUUUAUUUCGCGUAUGUGCCUGUUGUCAAUGAGGUUGAUUACAAUGGUGGUCAGUAUGCACCUAACGGAUCAGCCUUGCCAUUGUAG